AGCACUAUUUAAGAACUGCACAUACUGAUGAACGCUGUCACUGGCGGCCACUCAUUCAGACGCUCACGCUCGUGAAAAGAAAAAUGGAGGUGCGGAGAAAACGAUGGAGCUUCCUGCAACUGUUCGUCGCCGCGGCCUUGGCGUCGCGCUCCGCGCCGGCGGCGGGGGAGGAGUGGUCGAAGGGCUCGGCCACCUUCUACGGCGGCAGCGACGCUUCCGGCACAAUGGGUGGUGCGUGCGGGUACGGGAACCUGUACUGGACGGCGUACGGGACGAGCACGGCGGCGCUGAGCUCGGCGCUCUUCAACGACGGCGCGGCGUGCGGGCAGUGCUACAAGGUGAAGUGCGACCACGAGUCGGAGCAGCCCCAGUGGUGCCUGACGCCCGUGGACAAGUCGGUGACCGUCACGGCCACCAACCUCUGCCCGCCCAACCACGCGCUCUCCGGCGACGGCGGCGGCUGGUGCAACCCUCCCCGCGCCCACUUCGACAUGGCCCAGCCUUCCUGGCUCCAAAUCGGCGUCUACAAGGCCGGCAUCAUCCCCAUCCUCUACCAAAGGGUGGCGUGCGAGAAGGAGGGAGGGGUGCGGUUCACGAUGGGAGGCUUCGAGAGCUUCGAGCUGGUGCUCAUCUCCAACGUGGGCGGGAGCGGGUCGGUGAAGGCGGCGUGGGUGAAGGGGAGCAGGACGGAGAGGAUGCCCAUGAGCAGGAACUGGGGCGCAAACUGGCAGUCGCUGGCGGCGCUCGCCGGCCACGCGCUCACAUUCGGGGUCACAUCCACCGGCGGCCAGACGCUCGUCUUCCAGAACGUCGUGCCGGCGUGGUGGCGCUUCGGCCAGGCCUUCACCUCGAGCCUCCAGUUCUCCUACUGAAUUUGUUUGCUUGCUCGGCCUGCCUGCGUUUGAUAGGCCAAAGGUCAAGCAAUACUGAAUACUGCUGGGGCUGAGAAGUGAGAAUCCAUCCAUGGAUGGCAGACGUUUGUAUUCUUGCCCACUGAGUGACCAGUCGGUCUCGAUGUGCAGGAAAAGGGUGUUGUCAUUUUGAA